AUGACUGAGAGGAAAGAUAACGUUCUUCUCAUAGGAAUGGGUGCAGUGGGAAGCAUUGCCGCUUACGCACUCACGUGCAGCGGAAAAUCCACAGUUACAUGUGUUGUGAGAUCACAUUAUGACCUGAUGGUGACCAAAGGUCUAAAGAUCGACUCAUGUGAUUACGGUCAGAAUGAUGGAUUCAAGCCUGAUCACGUGGAAAAAACGGCUGGUGAGGCCAUGAAGAAGCACGGUCCGUUCGAUUACGUUGUAAUUGCGAUGAAAAACAUCCCCGAUGUGUCGCCAAUUGAAAAUAUAGCUGCUGAGUGCUAUGAUGAAAAAACGGCAUUUGUCCUCUUGCAGAACGGCAUUUGGAUAGACAAGCCUUUUUUCAAGAGGUUUCCGAAAGCUUUCUUGAUAUCUGGUGUAAGCAUGAUCGGCGCAGUGCUGUACACAGACACUGUUAAGCAGAUGGGCCCUGAUUUUGUCACAUUUGGUCCAUUUCUCAAUAAAAACCUACCGGAGGAGUUGCAGAUCGCGAGGUGCAAAAGGUUCGUUGAACUUUAUGGCAACGAGCACAAUGAUGCGAGGUAUGCUUUCAACGUGAAGGAGACCAGGUGGAAGAAGUUGGUGUACAACUCGGCCAUGAACACCACCUGUGCAGUUACAGGUGUCGAUUCUGGACGUUUGGAUCUUUUCGGUGGAUCUGACAGUCUCGUGAUUCCAGCCAUGAAGGAAGUCAUUGCAAUAGCGAAAGCAGAUGGUGUUGUAAUCGAGGACUCCAUUAUUCCAUACAUGUUGAAAGGCGGAGGUGGCGUCUACUACCCACCUUCGAUGCUUGUAGAUGUGAGAAAGGGUAACUAUACUGAAUACAGGACGAUCAUAGCCAAUGUUGUCAAAAUAGCAAAUUACUACAAGGUUCCGGCACCAACGUUGACAAUUUUGGGCAAUAUUCUUCAUAUUAUGCAGAUGAGUACUAUGGAAAAGAAGGGUAGGUUUGUUUUACCCAAAGAGAGGCCUCCUAGAGAGGAUCAUUACCAGAUCCAGUUUUUAGAUUGA